AUGCUCUCUACCGAUCCACCACUGUCCAACACUGAUGACACUGAUGACCAAGAGUACGGCGUGGUCGACUUUCCGCGCAACGAAUGGCCGCGGGACUACUUCUUCCCAGGCAAGCGGAGCGACAUCCGCUACGCGGCGCAGGCGGCCAGCCGCAACCUUGCACGCGCCAUCCGCGACCGCCAACCCAUCGACGGGACCGACUUUGACAUGGGGAUCCUUGAAAUUCGCCGUAUCGCCAAGACGGUCCGCGAGUGGCACCAGUGGCUGCGAGACGCCUCCGCCGAGACUGUCGAUACGGCCAAGGAUGUGCUUGCCAAGCAGGCCCCCGAGCUACUCGCUCCCCUUGACCUUGACCAGGGGGACAGCACGCUGCGCGAGGGACGCGUGCUGGCGUGUAUGGACCAGCUCUGGAAUGCCUACGACUCUGAUGAGUACAACGCCAACCCCUCCCCAUGGAGUGCGGUGGACGCGCUCGUGGCGAGUUAUGGACCCCCCGACGAUGCGACGUCGAGGGAGUGGGCCGCCUGGCAGUACGACCCCGAGACCGACGCGUCGCGCAAUGUCAAACUCACGUGGGACGGCACCACGAUACACCAGGAGAUCCUGACCGACUGGGCCCCGAUGGUAUAUGCGAGCGAGUCUCGCGCUCGCGACAAUGUAUCGGAGAUGUGCGCGAGCGAUCACGCACCGUCGCCUGGUCUGAGCACAUCCCCAUCGCACUCGACCUCGUCCCAAUCGUCCAAGAGUGGUGAGGACGAGUUAGCCGAUCCCAUUGUGUCCCUCGUGGACAUUCGGAGCUUGGAUGAUGAUGAAGACCAUGAGCCGGACAAUGUGAACAAGACACGAAGUGACGACGUCGCCCGGAUCGAUCUUCGCGUCCACGGGCUUCCCCGCUAA